AUAGAAAGUUUCGUAAAAAAACCAACUUUCGGCGAGCGAACAAAGAAAAUCGUAUAGUUGUGUGUAACCACGCGCUCGAUUAAUUUCGGGUUUUAUUAUUCAGCGCAUUCAAUCAAUAGAGUUGUUACUGUUUCCGGUUCUUUUGCCAGGCAGCCAGCGUACUGUUUUACGUCGGUUUGUAACCUUAUCGUAGUUUGAAAUGAGUCAUAAUAGCAAAUAUUAUGCCAAAAAACCAAUCGGAACCAUCAAUCACAGGACACAUUGACAGCAAUAAUGAUGCUGUGCAGGGAGGGAUGCAAGCAACUGAGUGAUGAUUAAACAUCAAAGAUUGUUGAAAUUUCACAAAAAUGAAAGAGAGAGACAUUGCUUUAAAAGAGAUUAAAACAACUAGUAAUUGAUUUGUACUACACAUGAGUUCCUGUUUGGAGCUUUGGCUGAACUUGUGGACAACGCUAGAGAUGCAAAUGCCACAAAGCUCAGCAUUUUCACAUUAUUUGAUGCUAAAUUGCGGGGAAACUACAUGCUGUGUUUCCUUGACGAUGGCGAAGGAAUGGAUCCAAGUGACACUGCAGACAUAAUUACAUUCGGACGGUCAAACAAAAGAAGUAUGGAUGAUCAUUUGAUUGGGAUGUACGGAAAUGGUCUCAAAUCAGGAUCAAUGAGGAUCGGCAAUGAUAUGAUCAUCUUCACAAAGAAAGGGGACUCUCAGACCUGUCUAUUCCUGUCUCGAACAUUCCAUGAGGAUGAAAAGAUUGACGAGGUCAUAGUUCCCCUACCCUCUUUCAAGAUUGGCAGCAGGGACACGGUGGACGACUCUGAAUUAGGCCAGGAAAGGUUCGCCAUGGAAAUGGACGUGAUUCUUCGGUACUCCCCAUUCAAGACAGACGACGAUUUCUUCGCACAGUUUGACCGGAUCGAGGGGACCUCAGGCACUCUAGUCAUAGUGUACAACAUGAAGCUCCUGGAUAAUGGUGACCCAGAGCUGGAUAUUCUCACCGACCCUCAGGACAUCCUGCUCUCCAAUCCAGAGUCUGACUUUGAUUCUGACGAUGGAUUGAUGAUCGAACGCAGAUCAUUUCGUGCAUAUGUUGCCAUUUUAUACAUGGACCCAAGAAUGAAAGUGUAUAUUCAGGGGAAAAAAGUGCGAACUCGAAAACUAGCCUCUAUUCUUUACAAACCAAAACUGUACAAAUACACAUCCAAUAGAUUCAAAUCUCGUGCGGAAAGUGAUGCCAAGAAGACUCUAGACGAUGCCAAAGCUGCUGAGUUAAGAGCCAAAGAGGCCCAGAGCAAGGCUAAGGAUUUAGAAAGCAGGACCAAAAACCUUUCCAAAGCACAGCUGGCCGAGCUACGGAAGGCCCAACAGCAUGCGGCCGAGAUGAAACGAGAGGCCCAGAUCAAGAGGGACAGUGCUAACAGGAAACAAAAGGCAUUGAAGGACCCAAAGACUUUGAACCUCAUAUUCGGUAUCAACAUUGAACAGAGAUCUCAUGAUGGCGUGUUUGUGUAUAACUGCAGUCGACUCAUCAAGAUGUACGAGAAAGUGGGACCCCAGGUGGACGGAGGGGUGUUCUGCAGUGGUGUGGUGGGCAUUGUAAACGUGCCCUACUAUGUACUGGAGCCCACACACAAUAAGCAAGACUUUGCAGAUGCCAAAGAGUAUCGCCACCUAAUGAAGGCCAUGGGAGAACACAUGGUCCAGUAUUGGAAGGAUCUCAAUAUAGCCCAGCAAGGUGUGCUGAAGUUCUGGGAGAGUUUCGGCUACAUCAGCCAGCGCUGGAAGGAUGAGCCCUCCAUGGACCCCAAGUUUGUCCGCAAGCGUGCCAUGCAGAUCAACGUUACUCUGCAGUGUGACGCCUGUUUGAAGUGGAGGACUCUGCCAUUCUCCUCCAUGAAUGUGGGCAAACAGUUUAGCGAUGAGUGGCAGUGCCUUGACAACUCAGACACACAGCAUAACAGGUGUACAGCUGCAGAGCAAAAGCUGAACAUCCCAGAGGGUGCCCUCAAGAAGGAGGUGAAGUCACAAGAGGAGAAGCAGAAGGACCUUGAGGCGGAUAUCAAGAAGAAAAUGAAAAUGCUUGAGCAGAUGCAUAAAAAUCGGGUUGUGAAUUCAUCACGAGAACUUCAGGAAAUGGAUCGUAAAAAGGAAGCAGAAGAGAAACGGAAGCAGCAGGAAGAGGAGGAAGAGGCGGAGAAAAGGGAAGAAGAAAGGAGGCAAAGAGAGGAAAAGAGGAAAGAAAUUGAGGAAAAGAGAAAGCAGAAGGAAGCAGAGGAAAAAAAACGAUUAAAAGAGCAAGAAUCCAAACAGAAACAGAAAGAAAAGGAGGCAGAAGAAAAGAGGAAGAGAAAAGAAAAUGAGGAAAAAGAAAGGCAGCGAAGAAAAGAAUUAGAAGAAAAGGCAAAGAAAAAGGAAGCCGAUGCGAAACAAAAGGAAGCAGCUAAAAAGUCGCAGAAGAGGCGGGCACCAGCAGUUGUGGAACAGUCAGAAGAAGCAGAAGAGGAAGAGGAGGAAGCAGAAUCAGAGGAAGAACAGUCUCCAGCUAAGAAGAGACGAGGCGGAAAGAUUGCAAAACCAGUCGAGACCGAACAGGAGGACGAGGAGGCACCUACGCCAAAACGAGGCCGUCAAUCUCGGGUUGUAACCCCACCAAAGAAGGCAGAGGUUAACGGGGUCGUGAAAGGUCGUCAAAAUAAGACGCCGAAGAAGGAAGAAGAGGAAGAGGAGGCAGAGGAGGUAGAUGAAGAAAUGGAAGAGGAUCAAGUGGAUGAGGAAGAAAAACAUGCGGACGUUGGCAAGCGUGUGGAGGUUCAGUCAGGCCGCAAGUGGCUUCAGGGAUCUGUGGUCAGUGUGGACACCAAGGGUCAGCGCUGGAAGGUCAAGUUUGACUACAACACCAAAGACAAGUUUGAUAAAUGGUACAGCAACACUGCACCAAGCAUUCGACUAAUAAAUGAGGACGAUAAAAAGAUUACCUCCCCUGGUGGUGCCCAGUCCCCAACGACGUCGGCUGCGCCGCAGGAUGCGGAGGCACCUUCUUCCUCCACGGGCAGUGGGCAGCAUGCACAGCUUAUAGACGAGAUAGCCAAUGGUUACAGGACGUGCCUGCGCUACUUUCUGCCCCCUCAGUGGGUCAUGGACAAGGACUCCAUAUCAGGGAUGACGCCACAAGAGCUCGCCACGUUCCCUCUAGAUGAUUUCUUCGACCACUACGAGAAAGGACUACGUAAAUUGGUCAACAACUUCCAAACUGAGGCGAGCCUGCGCAAGCAGGAGUGUGAGGCUUCACAGGCAAAACUGAAAUCUGUCCGAAAAAUGAUCGCCAAGCUUUUGACCUUCAGCAAUGAGGAGUUCAACAUUGACCCAGAGUGCGAUGGAGAGCAGGUGGACGAGUUUUUACUGACGUGUCUUCAGGCAAGCAGUGCCAAGGCUGCAGCGGGAGGGGACCCUGCAACCUAGAGGUCUCCAGGGGUCAUAGGGUAGUCUAGGGGCAUCUUGGACUUGUUAAGAGGUCAACCAGGGUUCAUCUGGGUCACAGGGGUUGUAUUGCGAUUAAAUGUACCUGAAAUUGUGAUUGCAAAACUAUCAGGACUUAUUCUUGCUUACUGAUUUUUAGACGUAUUAUAGACUCAAGGAAAAUACUUUAAUACAGUUUCCUGAGUGAUGCCCUCUGCAAGAACCCCUAACAAAGUGUGUGUGUAUGUGGGGGAUGGAUCUACCGGGGACGUCUGUCUGCAGACAAAACUUAUCUGACCAUCUACAUGUACUCCUACACUUUUCAACAUGCAACAUUCAAACUUUUGAUAUGACAUUGUGAAAUUGUUAGCAUAUAUCGUAACAAUUGCUAAAGUUGUGCCUAAUUUUAAUUGUCAAUUUGUAUAGCACAAUUUUUUUUUAACUUGCUACAUGGUAGUAUGAUGUGGUGAAUGGGGGUUUCACCACUUCUGUGACAAACUCUUUACAGAAUGAUCAAAUUAUAGGUUGUACAUGCCAAUUAAGACGUUUAAGUUGUUUCAGAACAUGCAAUUUUAAGAAACACCUUUAUUCUAAAGUCAUAAGGCUUAGACUUGGUUGGUGAUAAUGAGACCUGUAUGUGGUGGCUGCAGUAUAGUCAUUGAAAACCAGUGUUUUAUGAACGAAACAAAUCUCAAACAGACAGCUUCUUUGUUUGUCUUAAGAUGAGUCACGUUCUGAGAAAACUGGGCAUAAUGCAUGUGCCUAAAGUGUCGCCCCAGAUUAGCCUCCAGAUUAGCCUGUGCAGUCCGGACAGGCUAAUCAGGGACGACACUUUACGCUUUUAUGACAUUUUUCCAUGAAAUGAAGUCUCUUCUUAGCAAACAAUCCAAUUAUGGCGGAAAGUGUCGUCCCUGCUUAGCCUGUGCGAACUGCGCAGGCUAAUCUGGGACGACACUUUACGCACAUGCAUUAUGCCUAGUUUUCUCAGAACACGACUCAUAUGAUGCUUUACAUUAUUAGAUUAGCAUAUACAAGUGUCUUGAUUUGGUGUUUGUUUCAUUUUGUGUAAAUAAUUAAUUGAGCAUUUACUGUGUUAGGUUCAGGUAGCUUAAAUCAUAAUGAUAAGAAUAUUUUAAACUGUGAGUUAGUUUCAUUCUUUCAACUGCAGGGACACAUACUUACACGAUGAAAUCUACCUAAAUAUAGGCCUUGAUGUGGGAAAACCAGGCUUAAUGCAUUUAUGUUAAUCCAGAUCAGCCUGUGCAGUAUGCAAAGCCUUAUCAGGGACAGCAUGUUCAACCUAAACUUAAUUUUUGCUUCAAAUUUUUUUCCUUCAAAUAAAAACCAUAGAAACGGCAAGUGUUGUGUCUGAUUAGUGUGUGCGGACUGUACAGGCUUAUUUGGGAUCACACUUAAAGCACAUACAUAAGACCAUGUUUUCUCAGAUUGCAGCUCAAAUGCAAUCAAUAUUUCUUUAAGCAUGUGAGAAACUCUUGAAACAGAUUGAGCUUUAACAAGAAAGUCAAAGCAUUUUUAAAAUCUCAUAUUUGACGUUUUUGAAAUUCACCUUACAUUAACCAAUGGUCAUACAUGUUAUAUGUACCCACGGCAACACCAACAUCGGCACAGUUAUGUUAUGUUCCCUGAGUAUGUAUCACUACGCAUGGCAUAUUUAAAAUGAUACGAGGAACACAGAUAAAAAUAGAUAAUUGUUGACAGAAUGUGCAGUCUGCACAGGCUGUUCAGGAACAAUAUUUUGGGCAUACAUGGAAUUUUGUGUUUAAAGGAUGUCUCUUCUAAACAAAGAUCCUGUUUAGGCAAAAUUGGCCGUUCUUGAUUAACCUGUCCGCACAGUCGAGUCUCGGAUGACACUUUACGCAAAUGCAUUAAGCCCUAUUUUCCCUAAACUAGACGCAUAUAUAUUAAAGGCCCUAUAUAGGUGACAAAUCAAAUUAUUAUGCAUAUAAACUUGCCUAAUUUUUACCGGAUUUCAGUUAAUUUUGCAUAAAAAAUGGUAAUAACACAGCCGAGGUGCAACGUUGUCAAGAAGUAUUGAAGAUAUACCCGUUUCAUAGUUGGAAGAAAUGUUUACAACUUUGCAACUAACGUGAUGUGUAGCCCCAAAGUGGUGACGUAUGCUAAAAAUAGCCAAAAGCACAUUCACUUUUAAUUCUAUUUAAAACAACUUUUUACGAGCAAAAAGUAACUAAUUAGAUCACUACAAGAGUUUUGACCAUUAUUAGAAGAGACAUACUUUGUGAGUGAUACCGGAAAACAUUGAAAAUCAACAAUAUAUUUUUGGUGACCUGAGUCACUGUCACUUUCCCGAUUAAACAGGGAUGUAAAUAAACUGUUUGUUUGUAAACACGAUUGACUUGGAGGACACUGUAUUUUGAGCUCAAAACAAAUUGUUUUGCUCAUAUUAUGAUAAUGUCCAAAAGCAUAUACAUAUUGUUUUUUGAUAACCUUUAUAUAUAAAAUACGGAAAAAAUAUUUAAAAAUCUGUAAAUAAUUACGGAUCUUCACUUUUAUAGAGCCUUUAAACAUAUUAGUAACUUUAGGAUUCAGUAUCGUAUAGCAGUGAUAUGAAUAUGUGUUCUUGUCUGUAUUGCGAAAUAUUAAUAUGCAUUUAUUGAGCUUUGAUUUCCAUUGGUUGAAUGAUUAAGAGGAGCAUUCAGAUUGAGUUUACGAAGAUUUAAAUAAUAGGGCCUGGAAAAGCUGUAUCUCACUCUGAUAUUUACAACAUUUCCCAAUAAAUGUUCAUGAAAUUGUUAAUAUUUCAGAUAAACAUGACACCAUUUUUUGUCAUUUAGUUUGAUAAAUUGCACAAAAAGAAUUUAUGUUAAGUUCUUUGUGGUUUUGUUGAAUCAUUUUUGUUGCUAGAGGAAACCCUGCAUCGCAAAGGUGUAAUUACGGGCAUUAACUGUUGCAUAUAUACAAAUAAUAUGUUGUGUGUGUACAUUUUCUGUUCAGUGUUGUUUUUUGUGUUGCACAAUACAAGUUAUAACGAUUACUUUGUGUGUUUGCCAAUGAGUGACAACACUUCAAAGCCGUGUUCAUAUCUUUUAAUUGUGUUUGAAUUCAUAGGAAAUGACUUUUUAAUAUUUAGUUUAGCAUUUUAUCACUGCGUUUGAAUCUUACAGUGUUCACUUUAUGUUCUUUAUAUUGUGACUCUUUUUAUUUUUUGUGGCAGAUAUUUUUAUUAUUAUUUUAAGCUCGUGCAAAUAUGAAAAAUAUAUUUUAAUGAUUUAAUUAAUAAACAAAUAUACAUUAUAUGGGUUCAAAUGCUUUUAAGUAAUGGAUGUGCACUCUUGGAAGACCAGGCCUAAAACAUGUGGGAAAUGAGUCGCCCUGUAUAUGCAGUCGGGGCAGGAGGGAAAUUAGUGGCAUUGUAUAUGCAGUCGAUGCAGGCUUAAAACAUGUGGGAAAUGAGUCACCCUGUAUAUGCAGUCGAUGCAGGCUUAAAACAUGUGGGAAAUGAGUCGCCCUGUAUAUGCAGUCGAUGCAGGCUUAAAACAUGUGGGAAAUGAGUCGCCCUGUAUAUGUAGUCGAUGCAGGCUUAAAACAUGUGGGAAAUGAGUCGCCCUGUAUAUGCAGUCGGGGCAGGCUCAAAACAUGUGGGAAAUGAGACCAUCUGUAUAUGCAGACGGCAAAGGCCUAUAUAGCGGAAUUCUUUCCGCUUCAUAGGAAUGUUUCGUUUAAAGGGAAACGGUCUCUUUUAAACGAAAAUCCAGUCCAGGACAAAAGAGUCUUCCCAGAUUAGCCUGUGCACACUGCAUAGGCUUAUAUGGUAUAACUCUUUACCCCCAUGCAUAAAGCCCACAUUUCUCAGAUGCCUGGCAAUCAAUUUGAUAACAUAUUAGAGAUUGACAGAACACAUUGUACCUGCCAUGUGUCUUGCGCAUAUCUUUAAAAAUUGACACAAGGAAACUUAAAGUUUCAAGGGAAAAAAAAUAUGAAAAUAUCUAUUGUAAGAUUGGAUAAUAAAUUUUCAAUGGAAGUUUUUUUCUUGAAACCAUUCUUAUGGUAUUACUGAUAGUAUAUAAUCUCAUUUAUCUGACUCACAGUAUCAUCUUUGAACAUAGCUGCUCUUUUGCUUUAAUUUUGAAGUAUUGUCUUGAAAUAGUUCUAAAUUAAUUUAUAGCGAGAUAAAUAAGCACAGAAGUUGUAUGUUUAGUCAUUUUAAUUAAGCAGUCUUAUUUGUACCUUUCUGAUUUAUUGAGGUAACACAUAUGCAAAUUACAUUGGAGAACAGUUUAUCAAGAUCUAUUGCUGAUUAGUGUUAAAUGAAAUUAUACGCUUUCUGUUUACACACUUAAAACACCAAAUUUAGCAUUAUAAUUUGAGUGUCAUGACUUGGAAUUGUUUUGAUAAUCAGAUUAAAAAAUGUAAGGUGAAUAUUUGGUUUAAAAAAUCAUGUUCAAUAUACAUGUAUAUGACAUCAUCAUUUCAUGUGUACAAAGUUUUCAUUUCACAACAAUAAUACAGUCACAUUCAUCUUGUUUAUGUUUAUGUGUUUUUGUGUAUGUGACAGUUUUUAAGCAAUAACUUAAAUUAUGUUAAGUUUAGCAGAGUACGAAGUGACAAAUAGAUUUUGAUGUUUAAAAAUGCCUUGUUCAUUGACAAUAAACCCUUAACCGGAAAACGGAUCUAUUGUUUGAAACUCAUCUUUGGUAUACAUGUAAAUACAAAAUGCUAAUGAUUACAUAUAUUAUGCUGUUGUCAACUGUUUACACAAGUAUUUGUAGGGUUUGUAUUUGGAUAGUGAUGCAAUGGAUGUGCUUGUAGGAAUUAAAAACACUGGUUAAACACAGGAUGAAAGAGUGUCAAAGGCCUCUGGUUUAAGAUGAAAUUCUACGUGACAGCUUUCUUCACAUGUCUAUGGACCCUUUAACCCUUUACCGUUUUUAUACGUAUUUUCAAGCAUUUGUAGUCCCUUAGAAAAUUAUAUCUAAUUUAAGACCCUUCUUCCCAGAUUCAAGUUUUUAAGGCUUCAUUUUCAACCCUUAGAUACUAGUGAGCAUCAAACAGCAUACAACCUGAAUAUAAUGUGAGUUACUCGCAGGCUGUUCUGGUUUUAUGCUAUUUGCACAUCACAAUUUUUACUUUGCUUCUGAGUUGGAAAGGGUUAAACAGACGCACACAGGGUCUGCCACAUUGUAUUUUUUGCAUUCAUUUAUGUUUUGUUAUAUAAUAGCAUAUUUUUCAGAUUUGCUAAUUUCACAUUUUGUAAAUGUAUGUCAUGUUAAAGUAUUAUUGAUUGAUAAUAAACAUUGAGACUUGUAUAA